CCGCCCAUCAGUUCUAACGAGAUUCCCUGUGCCACUGACGAUAUGUUCAAGAACGACAACGUUGUUACUCCCGUCCCGGACGACACGGAGAAAAUUGAGAGAUACAUUCAGGACCGUCGAGUCAUCGGUUAUGACCCUCUAGUUCAGCCGGCUCUGCUGCGGCAUGAGAUUCAGUCCAGUGCUGAAUCACAAAAAACGAUCGCCUUGGCACGCUACAACGCUGCACGGAUCCUUGCUGGACAGGAUGACCGAGUGCUGGUCGUUGUGGGGCCAUGUUCGAUACACUCGCCUGAACAAGCCCUCGAGUACGCGAGGCUGCUCAAGUCGAAAAUCCCAGAGUGGAACAACCUGCUCAUCAUCAUGCGGGCGUAUUUGUGCAAACCACGGACAACGGUUGGCUGGAAGGGGCUGAUAAAUGACCCGGACAUUGACGGGUCAUUCAAAAUCAACAAGGGCCUGAGGCUUGCGCGGCAACUUCUGUGCGAUCUGACGCACCUGGGUGUGCCUGUCGGGUCUGAGUUGCUGGACACCAUCUCGCCGCAGUACAUCGCUGAUCUGAGCUCCUGGGGAGCAAUUGGAGCACGGACGACCGAAUCGCAGUUGCAUCGCGAGCUUGCAUCCGGCGUUUCCUUCCCAAUUGGCUUCAAGAAUGGCACUGACGGCAGUGUCACCGUCGCGGUCGAUGCGAUGCGCGCGAGUUCGAACCCGCACGCGUUCAUGGGUGUCACGGAGCAGGGCUUGGCUGCCAUCGUCAAGACACGCGGAAACCAGGACGUGCACGUAAUCCUGCGUGGAGGCACUAGCGGCCCGAACUACACCGCGGAGCACGUAAAGUCCGCCGCCUCGGCCAUCGAGAAAGCCCGCCCACACCAUCACCCAUCCAUCAUGAUUGACUGCAGUCACGGCAACUCGCAAAAGAACCACGAGAAUCAGGCCAAGGUCAUCGACGACAUCUGCAAGCAACUCAACGCGGGAGAGAAGAACAUCACUGGCGUGAUGGUCGAGUCGCACAUCAACGCUGGUCGCCAGGACGUCCCCCCCGAAGGACCGUCCGGCCUCAAGCACGGCGUGUCCAUCACCGAUGCCUGCGUCGACUGGGCAACCACUGUGCAGAUGCUCGACAAGCUCAAUGAGGCCGUGCGCCAGCGGCGGCUACGCUACAUCGAGGCGGAGCUCAAGAAGCCCGCUGCCUUCCAGCGCGUGAUGAAUGCGUAGACGUCUGCACUAGAUCCUGUAUUGUCGUAACCGGUAGCGGUCGCUCCC